AUGUUUGCAAGGACAGCAAGAUCUCUCCGGGUGGCGGCUGCACCACGGCCAACACUGGCAAUCCGCUUCAGCACCCCCAUCUCGAUCCGAAGCUUGACAAUCGAGUCUACUCCAUCUACUACCACAGAAUCCCCUGCUCUGGCAUCGCAACCGAGCGCAAAUCAGUCGUCCGAGCCAAGCGCCUUCUCACAACUUAGCACGGAUGCGCUUUCAUCACGGCCCCCCCAGGAUCUGCCUUACUUUGUUGGUCGCAACCGCAUGAACAACAUGGCCGUGUACGAGAGGAGAUACCGUGGUGGCAACUUGAAGAAGACUUUGCUCAAGAAGGGAGAGGGAAAUCUGCAGGCGCUUCGGCUCGAUGUGGCCGAAGCCCUGGGUGUCACUGAAAAGGAUGUCAAACUGAACAGCAUCACCAAUCAUAUUGAGAUCAAGGUGAGUGCCAGCGAAACAGUCGAGGCCAGGGUUCUUGACGCUGACUAG